AUGAAUUUGACGUCUUUUUCCUGGCCUAAAAAUACAAUGCCCCUUGCCUUCACCAUGAAACUUCGUAAGCAUAUCAAAAACAAAAAAAUUUCGGACAUUCAACAACUUGGAAUUGAUCGCUUGGUGGACAUCACAUUUGGCUUUGAGCAGUACGCCUUCCACCUUUUAGUUGAACUCUACGGCAAAGGGAAUAUUUUUUUAACAGAUGCUAACUACAUCAUUCUUCAUCUUCUCCGGGCACGAACGGAUGCCGAUCAGGAUGUUAGAUACGCUACACGUGAACGAUUUCCCAUCGAGCUAGCUAGGCCGAUCCCUGAAGCUCUGGUUGAUUUAAGCGAUUCCUCCGGCUUGGAAAAUCUUACUCAAACUGUUGCUGACCUUCUGGUAAAUGCCUCGGGGCCGUGGAAUAUUGACUUACCGGCUGAAGAUGCACAACGUCUUCCUGUGACCUCUGUGUUAAGUAACGCUUUCUCCUACGGCACUGGUCUCAUCGAGCACUGCUGCUUCCUUGCUGGUAUCUCAACUACUAGACGAGGAAAGGCGGCUGAAAAUUCCGAUGUUGACUUUCAAAUACCUUCCGAUCCUAACGCUUGCCGUUUAGAAUACAGCUCGAAAAUUGCAAGAGCUCUUCGCGACGUCCUUUCUCAUAUUUCGGGAGCAAAAUCCAUUAAAGACGAUGGCUCAACUUCGACACCAGCAGUUAUAUUGGGUGUGCCAAAUCCUGCAGAGCCUGGGAAAUUGAACAAAUAUGAUUCUUAUUAUCCUCUCCGAUUUGCUCAUCUUUCUUCGAAACCUGGUAUCGAAUUCGCGUCUUUCAACAAAGCUGUUGACGAGUUUUAUUCAAGUAUAGAGAUCCAAAGAAACGAAGUCCAAAGCAUCCAGACCGCGAAGAGUGCAAACAAAAAAGUGGAGAACAUCAAAAGAGAUCAAGAACAGAGGCUUAAAGCUCUGAGAGAGGAGCAGAUUGCUGAUAACCAGAAGGCUCAACUGCUGGAAAUGAACAUGGACUUAGUCGACAAGGCAAUAAUGACUCUAAAUUCAGCUAUAGCUAAUCAGACGAGUUGGAGGGUGCUGGAGGAGGUGUUGGAAAAACAGAAAGAACGUGGAGAUGAUCCUGUGGCCAAUUGUAUUGUCCGACUUCAGCUGGCUUCAAAUCAGGCAGUAUUGCGACUCACCGAUCUCUACGCGGACGAUGAAGAUGAGGAAGCAACCACUGUGGAGGUUCUGGUCGAUCUCGACUCCACAGCCUUCCAAAACGCCAAAAAGCACGUGAACUUGCCUCUUAUUUAA